UUAUUUUACAACAAAUAAAUGUUUCUUUGUUAGCUGGCUAAGUGCCGCAUUUUUUGUUGAAAUAAAGUCAUUCUUGGCUAUGAAAAAUCAAAGUGACAAGUCUUGGUUGCAUUAUAUAAUGUAAUACCAUUUUUAAAAAAUAAAUGCUUUAUUGUAUAGUCUUUCUCUUUCCAUAGUAUUUCACCUUUUUUGCAUGACAUGCUUUCAGUAAAUUAGUGCUUACCUGUCUGCUAUUUUCUGUUUGUCUUCAUUUCUACAGCAGUCUUCAGCAGCUUUCAAAAUUAUAAAUGUGACUUUCCUGUGACAGUCUAAAAAAUGUUUUAAUCCGUGUGGUGGUGGGUAUUUUUCCCGCCCUCAAGGGAAACUUGAAUCUUCUCCUUUGUUUUUAAAUUUCUUGGUACUUAUUAAACUUUUACUAGUUAUUAACCACUUACAAGGUCUAUUUAAGUCUACUUGAUAAUGUUGUUUGUACGUAAGUCGUAGUGUCACAUUUUUAUGUCAACUGCUUGUCACCACACCAAAAAUACAUAGUUUAAUAUUUUCACAACUCCCAAAUAUUGUUGAUAUAUGAUAGUUAAAAUAUUGUCCUUUGUCAUAAAUUCCCACUUCAUGAAUUCAAACUAUAUUAUGUGUCUACUAUUGAUGUUAUGUUUGUAGUUCCACAAUUCCAUAUGAACAGGCAUAAAACUGUCAUUUUUGCAUGUAAAAAGUAUUUUUCUCUACUGCAUCUGGUGUAAGUAUAAAAGUUAUCAAGUGUGAUUUUUUUUUUUUAAGUAUAUGUCUAAAUAUUACAUUGGAACAUAUGGUUUGACUAAAUGUGAAAACAUUACUGCUAAAUCACAAAGCUUGUUUUUUUUUUUAACCUAAUCAUUUAGAUGCAUUAUCAGUAUUUGUUCCUAGGAAUACCUUUGUAGCCUUGGACAGAGAAUUUUUUUGAAUUUUCAAUUGGCUUCUCUUGUGUAAUUAAUUUGUCAAGGUAUUUUCAUUCUAACAAAGUAUAUAUGAUUUCUGAAAAUUGAAAAAUAAGGGAACCAGAUAUGUGAACACAUUCUUGGCUUUGCAUAUGAAUGUUGCUUUGUUAUUGUUGCUGUAGUUUUGUGUAUGUUGAAUUUAAUAUUUAGUACUGCAAUUGCUGAUUUUAUAAAAAUGUAUAUUUUUGACAAAUUGGCAGGUUUAAUAGGUGAAACUGAAUUAUGACUUGCCCCAAACACAAAAUAGUUUUUAGGUAUCUUUAUAACCUAGUUUUGUGUGUGAACUAGGUUUUUAAGACAUUUUGUAAGUAAAGCAAUAGAGAGACCAUUGUGUAUUUGUGGAGAAGUGAGGUGGAUAAAGAAAAGUGUAGGUAUUAGUUUUAUAUAAUUGGUAAGCAACAAUUUAUCAGAAACAUCCUUAAUUGAUCUUAUAAAUUUGAACUUCCUUCCUCUCAUAAGAGAACAUUUUAGCAUGGAGGAAUUCUGCCACUAUAAUUCUUCUUUACAACAUUAUGAUGCCCAGCCCACAGAGUCUGAGAAGGAAAUUUAUAAUCAGGUGAAUGUAGUAUUAAAAGAUGCAGAAGGCAUCUUGGAGGACUUGCAGUCGUACAGAGGAGCUGGCCAUGAAAUACGAGAGGCAAUCCAGCAUCCAACAGAUGAGAAGUUACAAGAGAAGGCAUGGGGUGCAGUUGUUCCACUAGUAGGCAAAUUAAAGAAAUUCUACGAAUUUUCUCAGAGGUUAGAAGCAGCAUUAAGAGGUCUUCUGGGCGCUUUGACAAGUACCCCAUACUCUCCUACCCAGCAUCUAGAGCGAGAGCAGGCUCUUGCUAAACAGUUUGCAGAAAUUCUUCAUUUCACACUCCGGUUUGAUGAACUCAAGAUGACAAAUCCUGCCAUACAAAAUGAUUUCAGCUAUUAUAGAAGAACAUUGAGUCGUAUGAGGAUUAAUAAUGUACCAGCAGAAGGAGAAAAUGAAGUAAAUAAUGAAUUGGCAAAUCGAAUGUCUUUGUUUUAUGCUGAGGCAACUCCAAUGCUGAAAACCUUGAGUGAUGCCACGACAAAAUUUGUAUCAGAGAAUAAAAAUUUACCAAUAGAAAAUACUACAGAUUGUUUAAGCACCAUGGCUAGUGUAUGCAGAGUCAUGCUUGAAACGCCGGAAUACAGAAGCAGAUUUACAAAUGAGGAGACAGUGUCAUUCUGCUUGAGGGUAAUGGUGGGUGUCAUAAUACUCUAUGACCAUGUACAUCCAGUGGGAGCAUUUGCCAAAACUUCCAAAAUUGAUAUGAAAGGUUGUAUCAAAGUUCUUAAGGACCAACCUCCUAAUAGUGUAGAAGGUCUUCUAAAUGCUCUCAGGUACACAACAAAACAUUUGAAUGAUGAGACUACCUCCAAGCAAAUUAAAUCCAUGCUGCAAUAACAGUUCUGGAAUAAGCCCCUGCUCUACGCAGAAGACAGUAUUCUGCAGUGACUGAGAAUGCACAGUUUUUUAGUGAUUGCAAUUACUAUCUCAUUUAUUCUUGCUUUCAUUUCUUUCCUCAGUUCCUCUUCCCUCUUUUUUAAUCAUGUUCUUGUUCUUAAGACUUCUUUUCUGUGCCAAAAUCAGUAAAGUUACACUCUGAAAGGAUAGUGUCCUUUCAAACAGGCCAUCUAAGGCAGCUAAUUAUGCAUUGCAUUGGGAUCUCUACUGAAAAAAAUUCUGUGACUUGAACUAAAUAUUUUUAAAUGUGGAUUUUUUUUUUUGAAACUAAUAUUUAAUAUUGCUUCUCCUGCAUGGCAAAACUGCCUAUUCUGCUAUUUAAAAACCCUCAAUGACUUUAUUUUCUACUGCCGCUUUUUUCAUGUGCAGCCAAAAUGAAAAUGUGUAAAUUAACUGUGUUGUACAGAUGGUACCCAACACACACUUUUUUUAAAUUAGUAAGACUUUUGUUUAAAGUUUUGAGUUUGCAUUUUGACUUUUUUUGUAAGGAUGUAUGUUGUGUGUUUAACCUUUAUUAACUAACGUUAAAACUGUGAUGUGUGCGUAGAAUAUUACGUAUGCAUGUUCAUGUUUAAAGAAUGGCUGUUGAUGAUAAAAUAAAAAUCAGCUUUCAUUUUUCUAA